UGUUUAUAGGUAUAAAAAUGGAGACCUUAAAUCACAAACUAAACACCUACUUUGAAACAUGGAUGGGUCCUAGAGAUAAGCGGGUUCGGGGAAUGCUCCUGCUCGACAAUUACCUACCAACCUUUGCACUCACAGUCAUGUACCUCCUGGUUGUGUGGCUGGGGCCCAAGUACAUGAAGCACAGGCAACCAUAUUCCUGCAGAGCCCUCAUGGUGCUCUACAAUCUGGGAGUCACCUAUUUGUCCUUCUACAUGUGCUAUGAGCUUGCUAUAACUGUGUGGCGCGGUGGAUACAACUUCCUCUGCCAGAACACUUACAGUGCACCGGAUGUAGAUAAAAAGGUCAUCAGUGUCCUGUGGUGGUACUACUUCUCCAAGCUAAUCGAAUUCAUAGACACUUUUUUCUUUAUUCUGCGGAAAAACAAUCACCAGAUCACUUUUCUCCAUGUCUACCACCACGCCAGCAUGCUGAACAUCUGGUGGUUCGUCAUGAAUUGGAUACCCUGCGGCCACUCAUAUUUUGGGGCCUCCUUGAACAGCUUUGUCCAUGUUGUGAUGUAUUCCUACUACGGCCUUGCAGCCAUUCCAGCCCUAAGACCAUACCUCUGGUGGAAGAAGUAUAUCACUCAGCUGCAGCUGAUCCAGUUCUGUUUAACCAUGUUACAAACAGCACUUGCAGUGGUAUGGCCAUGUGGCUUCCCCAUGAGAUGGUUGUACUUCCAAAUCAGCUACAUGUUGUCAUUUACUGUCCUUUUCUCAAAUUUCUACAUUCAGACUUACAAGAAGCGCAACGAUUCUCGAAAGAAAGAGCAUCAGAAUGGUUCCUCUGCAUCAGUAAACGGCCAUGCCAAUGGAACAGCAUCGUUGGAGCACGCAGCACCAAGGAAGAUCAGGAUGGAUUGAUAUUUAGGAAACCAACACCAGAUUCUCACUGUAGCCCGUUAGGUUAUGCAGCUAGAGUUCUCUGUAUUAUUCUUAUUUAGAGUAGACCAGCACUCACCUCACACCAAAUAAGCCAUAGCUGCAGACAGU